CACGGUGACGAGUGGUUAGAGAGAAAGACGUUUCGUUCAGUUUGUAUUAGAUAUGUCGCCUACUGAGUUUGAGUGAGAUGGUCAGAAUAUCUAGAGAGGUUUAAUUGAAUCAAAUAUGAACAAUUAUAUAUGGAAGGAAAAAUAAAUGCUAUUCAUCCAGCUGGGGGGACCCAGAGUAAAUACGAUAUCCAAGAAUAUUGGUUACGGUGCUUUGGGGUUUUACUCGAGUUUGUAGUUAGUUUUGUUUUGUUGCUGUUAGGUUAUCGUGUGUGUGUGCGCCUUGCACAAGGGUUUUGAAGUGUAUGGAUCGACCCGGUGUGAUGAUCCCUGAAUGUCCUCAGAGCGCCAACACCCGGUGUCACAGCCAGAAUGGGGAAAAGAGCCACAGUCGUACUGGUUUACUGUCCGAGAUCCAAACUCCCAUCCGUACCGAGCCUUUCAGCAACAUCUACAGCCUCAUCCCAGGGAAAGAACUGGGCAGGGGUAAAUUUGCUGUGGUGAAGAAGUAUGUGAAGACAUGCACAGGGAAGGAGUAUGCUGCUAAAUGCAUGAGAAAGAGGAGAAAGGGACAAGACUGUCGCCUGGAGAUUAUCCACGAGAUUGCCGUCCUAGAGCUGGCCAAAUCCAACUGCUGGGUCAUUGACCUCCAUGAAGUCUAUGAGACGUCCACAGAAAUGAUCUUGGUGCUGGAAUAUGCAGCUGGUGGUGAAAUAUUUAACCAGUGUGUUGCUGACCGAGACGAGGCCUUCAAGGAGAAAGAUGUAAAACGACUAAUGAAGCAAAUCUUGGAAGGUGUAGCAUUCCUACACAAAAAGAAUGUGGUCCACCUUGAUUUGAAGCCUCAGAACAUUCUGCUAACCAGCAAGUCACCUUUGGGAGAUAUCAAAAUAGUUGACUUUGGGCUUUCUAGAAUAAUGAGCAGCAAUGAGGAGCUGAGAGAAAUCAUGGGAACACCCGAGUAUGUGGCUCCAGAAAUUCUGAAUUAUGAGCCGAUCAGCACAGCAACAGACAUGUGGAGUAUAGGUGUGCUGGCCUAUGUGAUGCUUACAGGGAUGUCCCCUUUCCUGGGAGAAGACAAACAGGAAACCUUUUUGAAUAUUUCCAAGAUAAAUGUCAGCUACUCUGAAGAGGAAUUUGAAGGAAUAUCCAAAUCAGCAAUUGACUUCAUGAAGGCACUUCUAAUUAAAGAACCAGUAGACAGAGCCACAGCUGAGGACUGCCUGCAGCAUCAGUGGUUACAGCAAGAACAAGCAGAGGCUUCAGAAGCAGCAAGUCCCUGCGAAAGCAGCCCUGAGGAAACAAGUCCAGUCUCUUCCCCUGAGGAGCCAGAGGCACAGACUCAGGUGAAAGAAGAGUUCAUUGUCAUGGCAGCAUACACACUUGGACAGUGCAGGCAGUCAGAAAAGGAAAACAUUACCUCUGAUCAAAAGGCCAUCUCUAAACGGUUCAAAUUUGAAGAACCUUUCAGCUCGCUGCAGGAGAUUCCGGGAGAGUUUAUAUACUAAGCUAUAUUCAAGCCAAGGACACUUUAUUUUAUUUUACUUAAAAAUUUUUUUUUACCUCAAGUUUGAUUAGAGACUUUUAAACCAGUCUCUGUAUGUUUGUGCUAAUUUGUUUUAAAUGGUUAAGACAGAAAAACAAGACUGCAAACCUUGCUGCGAUUCUGUUUUGUGAUUUGUUUUUGUGUCAUGCUUUUAAUUAAAAGUUAUGGUCCAGUAAUGAUGUCACACUCUGUGGCUUCUUAUUAAAGAAAAAAUAUAUGUAAGCUAUAAGCAAAAUUACAAACUCUUUUUGUAUUUUGAUCAUUCAAGUUCUAAAAGCCAUUGCAAGAAAAAGGACCCACUCACUUUUACACAUUUGCACAUUUGCCAUAAAAAUAUGCUUGGUAAAGGCAAAAUGUUUUGAAAAGAAACAAGGCACAGCUGCACAUAGAUCUAGCCAGACAUUUUACAAUAGUAGUGAUUAAAAAAGAAAUAGUGGAACUGUAAAUAAAUAUUAAGUUCCAAACCCGAGUGCCCCCACACUGUAAGGUUUUAGCAAAUCAUUUGUUAUUGGUGUUAAAUUUAUAUAACAUUCCUUCAACUUGUCUUUGUUUUGUACAUUAAUGGAUUUUGUAAGAUUAUCACAAAGUAUACUAUAUUUUGAAUAUUAUUAUAACUACUGUAUUUGUUGUUACAAAGUUGAUUUUAUAAGUCUGAAUUUGCUGCCUCUAUUGCUCAAAAUGGUAUUCUCCCAGUGAAAUUUCCCCCAAAUUAACUCCUUCUGUGCCUUUUACAGGUAAUUAUUUUGUAUUCUAUUUUGUAGUAGAACAUUUUGUAUGUUCUUUUUGAUAUUCUGUUAAAAAAAAGUAUGUAAUAAAGUCUGUCUUGUUUACAGCAGGGUUGCAAGCCAGUUUAAUACAAAUGUCAUAAUUGAAAAUGAUUUAUGACCUAAAUCUUCAAAAUAAACAUUAGGGAAGGUUCACUGGAGAAGGAGAUAGACAAUAAAUAAAGGUAAAAGGAAAACUUUUAAUCCAAUUUAUGCACUCUGUUUAAAAGCUAACAUGUCAGUGUUACCUGUUUUAAUCAGGCAGCAUUCAAAUCUAGUUCUACCAGAGAAGUGACAGACAUUGUGGGUUCAUUCAGUUGAACUGUUGCAAUUAUUACUUUACAAAAAUGACCCACCGCAUCUAUUAUAAUGCUUCUGUGGUUCUUGUCUAGUAAUCUCUUCCUAGAUCAGUCUUGGCAUAUACAGCAUAUUUUUGGAUGAUCCCUUCCCACUUGUAUGGUUCAUUCGUAUUUAUUUUAGAUAUCAUUUAAUUGUGUCAUAAUGAGGGGAAAUGUACCCUUUUCUCAGAUAUAUUUUAGCACAGUCACCACCAUAUGUUGGAGUUGUUUUUCAUCAAAAGCAAGGAAUCAAAUUACAACGAAAUAGAUCAUCAUUUUUUCAUUAUUAUAAUAGUGAGACCAGAAACAACACAUCAAGACACAGUACUGUAGAAUAUAAGCCCUACUAACUGAUAUCAUGUACAGAUGCACUGGAAGAAAUAUCCUUCUGUUAUGCCAACAUGAUAAAUGAAAACCCUACUGAACAGGCAGUGGACACAUAUGCAGUAGCUGAAAAUGUGUCCCUUGCCAAGACAUGGCUUGACCCUGCUUUUUGGUUAGUAAUUUACAUGAUUGGUUUUCUUCAGUAUAAGUGGGUUAUUAAAAAAAAAAAAAAAAAAAGUACUCAACUCAUUCUAGGUUCCUCUGUUGUACCUUUGUAUUAGCAUAACAAAUUACUGAUAAAUGAUUUGUAUGUACAUACUUCCAAAAUCAGACAUAUUGUAACACAUAUGCAUGGCUUUCUCUUUACAAAGGACAAAAGCUGUAUUUCUACUUUCAAUAGAAAUUAGCAAUAUCCCUGAAAUGUUGAAUCUCUAUUGAAUUAAAGGAUGGUGUAUGAUAAGGUUUGAAUUUUGUCCCCUUCUGGUUUUCCUAAAAGGUUUAAGAAAUUGUUAGUACAUUUGCUUUUUUAUGUGUCUAAAAUGUUAGUGCAAUUUGAUAUGCUGUAUAUUUAAUAUAAUAAAGAAAUUGACUGCA